AUGGGAGCGCAUCAUCUGCAGCCGCUGGCCCUGCGGCUCCUGGCGCUCACUUUCCCCUUGGUGGCGAAGGGUUUUCCUGACGAAACCUUGGAGAAAGCCGCGAAAUCCGAGGGAUAUUGCAGUCGGAUCCUGCGAGCCCAAGGCACCAGGAGGGAAGGGUACAAUGAAUUCAGCCUCAGGGUGGAGGGCGAUCCAGAAUUUUACAAGCCUGGAAACAGUUACCGGGUGACUCUUUCUGCUGCCACUCCUGCCUACUUCCGAGGGUUCACGCUGAUCGCCCUCAAGGAAGGAAAAGAAGGGGACAAAGAGGAAGACCAUGCAGGAUCUUUCCAGAUCAUAGAUGAAGAAGAAACCCAGUUCAUGAGCAAUUGUCCCGUUGCUGUGACUGAGAGCACCCCGAGAAGGAGAACACGCAUCCAGGUGUUUUGGACAGCUCCUCCCGCUGGGACAGGCUGUGUGAUCCUCAAAGCCAGUAUUGUGCAGAAGCGCAUCAUUUAUUUUCAAGAUGAGGGCUCUCUCACCAAAAAAAUUUGUGAACAAGACUCGGCCUCGGAAGGUGUGACCGACAAACCAAUUUUAGACUGUUGUGCCUGUGGUACUGCCAAAUACAGGCUGACUUUUUAUGGCAACUGGUCAGAAAAAACACAUCCCAAAGAUUUUCCACGACGCACCAACCACUGGUCUGCCAUCAUCGGCAGCUCUCACUCCAAGAACUACAUCCUGUGGGAGUAUGGGGGAUAUGCCAGUGAAGGUGUCAAGCAAGUUGCAGAGCUGGGGUCCCCAGUGAAGAUGGAGGAAGAAAUUCGACAGCAGAGCGAUGAGGUUCUGACAGUCAUCAAGGCCAAGGCACAGUGGCCAGCCUGGCAGCCUCUGAAUGUGAGAGCUGCUCCCUCUGCUGAGUUCUCCGUGGAUCGGCACAGGCACCUGAUGUCCUUCCUCACCAUGCUGGGCCCCAGCCCUGACUGGAAUGUGGGGCUCUCUGCUGAGGAUCUCUGCACCAAGGACUGCGGCUGGGUCCAGAAAGUCGUGCAGGAUUUGAUCCCCUGGGAUGCUGGCACCGACAGCGGCGUCACCUACGAGUCUCCUAACAAACCUACAGUGCCUCAGGAGAAGAUCAGACCUCUUACAAGCUUAGAUCAUCCUCAAAGCCCAUUUUAUGAUCCAGAAGGAGGAUCUAUCAAGCUGGUGGCCAGAGUUGUCAUUGAGAGAAUUGCACGAAAGGGGGAGCAGUGCAAUAUCGUUCCUGAUAACAUAGAUGAUAUUGUGGCAGAUCUAGCACCAGAGGAAAAAGAAGAAGAUGAUACCCCUGAGACCUGCAUAUACUCAAACUGGUCCCCAUGGUCGGCCUGCAGCUCCUCUACCUGUGAAAAGGGCAAGAGGAUGAGGCAGAGAAUGCUUAAAGCUCAGCUGGACCUCAGUGUGCCCUGCCCAGACACCCAAGACUUUCAGCCCUGCAUGGGUCCGGGCUGCAGUGAUGAAGAUGGCUCCACCUGCAUGAUGUCUGACUGGAUUACGUGGUCCCCCUGCAGCGUCUCCUGCGGGAUGGGGACGAGAUCCAGGGAGAGAUACGUCAAGCAGUUCCCUGAGGAUGGCUCCAUGUGCAAAGUGCCUACUGAAGAGACUGAGAAGUGUGUUGUGAAUGAGGAAUGCUCUCCCAGCAGCUGCCUUGUCACUGAAUGGGGGGAGUGGGACGAAUGCAGUGCCAGCUGUGGCACCGGGAUGAAGAGGAGGCAUAGAAUGAUCAAGAUGACUCCUGCUGAUGGAUCCAUGUGCAAGGCAGAAACCACUGAGGCAGAGAAAUGCAUGAUGCCCGAGUGCCAUACCAUCCCCUGCCUGCUCUCUCCCUGGUCUGAGUGGAGUGACUGCAGUGUAACCUGUGGGAAGGGAAUGAGAACAAGGCAGAGGAUGCUGAAAUCUGCUGCUGAGCUGGGAGACUGCAACGAGGAGCUGGAACAAGCAGAGAAAUGCAUGCUGCCAGAAUGCCCCAUCGACUGUGAGCUGACUGAGUGGUCCCAGUGGUCUGAGUGCAACACCUCCUGUGGCAAGGGCCACAUGAUCAGGACAAGGAUGAUUAAAAUAGAGCCCCAGUUUGGGGGAGCAGCUUGCCCUGAGACCGUCCAGCGUGCAAAAUGCAGAGUGAGGAAGUGCCUGAGGGGAGCAGGGAUGGAAAAAAGGCGCUGGAAGGAGGCCCGGGAGAAAAGGAGAAGCGAGCAAGCAAAGAAGAAUUUGGACAGUGAGCAAUAUCCAGUUUGUAGGCUGAAACCAUGGACUGCUUGGACAGAAUGUUCUACCCUCUGCGGAGGUGGAAUUCAGGAGCGCUACAUGCUGGUAAAGAAGAGGUCCAAAAGCACUCAGUUUACCAGCUGCAAAGACAAAAAGGAGCUAAGAGCAUGUAAUGUCCAUCCUUGUUAA